AUGGCCUUCGAAUCCUCCAGCGGCUACGUUGCGCCCUCUAAUCUUAAGGACCAUGAGGAACAAGCGCUUCCAGUCUUCAACUUGGAGCGAGUCGCGCUCCAGUUCUCGGUUGCUUCAGACUUCGUCGCAGCCCAGGUAGCUAAUGAUAUUCUCAUCUUGGCUUUGACGACAGGCAGGAUACUCAGAAUAGAUCUAAGCAAUCCUGCCGACAUAGAUGACAUCGACCUUCCCAAGAAGACUACUGAAGUCGGAAUUAUACGUCGACUAUUCCUCGAUCCCUCUGCAUCGCACCUUAUCAUAACAACUACACUCAAUGAAAACUUCUAUCUCCAUGCACAAUCAAGACAACCGAAAGCUCUAUCGCGCUUGAAGGGCGUCAACAUCGAGUCGAUAUCCUGGAAUCCUUCCCAACCGACGUCUACGACGCGUGAAAUCUUGAUCGGUGCGGCGGAUGGCAACAUUUAUGAGCUCUACAUCGAGCAAUCGACUGAGUUUUACCGUCGGGAGGAGCGAUUCUGUAAACAUGUAUACAGGGCGGACAGUGCAAUUACAGGUAUAUGGACAGACACUCUUCCGGGAAGACAAGACACGCGCCGAGUUCUCGUGGCAACGGAAUCAAAGCUUCUUCACUUCGUAGGCAAAGUCGGCAGACCAGGUCACGAAGGCAGCGCAUCGAUUUACUCUCGAAUGUUUGAAGGCGAAGCACCCACAGUGCACAGUGUUCCGGGAACUUCGCAGGCUGCAGUAUCAAGCCUGGCUAUCUCCCCUGAGUCGCCAGAAGAUUCUGUUUCUGCUGGAGAGGAAAGGGUGUUCGCUUGGCUUACGUCGAGAGGGGUGUUUCAUGGCAAGCUCCUUACGUCGCCUGAUCCAUCUGAGCUAGGCAACAGAGUUUACUCAGAGGCCAAGACCCUUCCACGAUCAGUCAUACCACCAUCACAAAGCUCGACCGGGCGACCGCGAGCUUCACAGGAUAAUGUCGCUUCCAUGGUCUUGACUCAAUGGCACGUCCUGCAGUUGGUUGAAGGAAGAUUAGUGGCUAUCAAUAGACUAGAUGAAACAGUCGUACUCGAUCAAGAGGUCUUGGAGCAAGGUCAAAGCAUACUCGGCUUGGUGGCGGAUAUGAAGAAGAACACGUUCUGGCUGUUCACAUCCCAAGCGAUCUUCGAAAUCGUCGUAGAAGACGAAAGUCGAGAUAUCUGGCGAAUAAUGCUUCGAAACAAGAAUUUCGAGGCUGCUUCGAAGUUUGCAAAGACGCCCGAGCAUAGAGAUGCUGUCUCGACUGCAUAUGGUGAUCAUCUCGUUGGACGGAACCAGUACAUGGAGGCGGCCGUGGUUUACGGGCGCAGCACGAAACCCUUUGAGCAAGUCUCUCUGACUCUCAUCGAUGCGGGAGAGCAAGACGCUCUUCGAAGGUACCUGACGACGAAAUUGCAAAACAUGAAGAAAACUGCGACCAUGCAACGGAUCAUGUUGGCGACAUGGCUGGUAGAGAUCUACAUGGCGAAGCUGAACUCACUGGACGAUACAAUCACCACCAAGGCAGAGCUUUCUGAAAGUAUGAAUACUGCCGAAACACAAGACCGCUUGUCAGGAGUGCGGAAGGAGUUCCAAGACUUUGCGUCCAAAUAUCGAUUGGAUCUGGACCGAAAGACAACCUACGAUAUCAUCAGUAGUCAUGGUCGCGAAGAGGAAUUGCUCUACUUUGCGAAUGUCAUCAACGACUACAACUACGUAUUAUCAUACUGGGUGCAACGCGAGCGGUGGAGGGAAUCGCUUGAUGUGCUCAUGAAACAGACCGAUCCGGAUAUCUUUUACAAAUAUAGCAGUGUGUUGAUGAUUCAUGCCCCAGCUGAAAUGGUCGACAUCAUGAUGAGACAGACAAACCUUGAUGCGCGCAAACUCAUACCUGCAUUCCUGAACUACAACAACACUACGACCUCGACAUCUCUAGCACAGAACCAAGCAGUUCGCUACCUCCAGGACGAGAUCAACCGGCGCAACUCUACAGACGCGGCAGUUCACAACACACUGAUCUCUAUAUACGCAUCGAGCCGGUCCCAGGAUGAAACGGCACUUCUUACCUAUCUUGAACAACAGUCGUACUCCUCUGAGCAACAUUACGACGCCGACUUUGCUCUCCGACUUUGCAUCGAGCAUGACCGAGUUCAGAGCUGCGUACACAUAUACAGCUCGAUGGGCCAGCCAAUUCAAGCAGUAGAUCUAGCACUGAAGCACGACAAGAUCGAUCUUGCCACUUCUGUAGCCAACCGCUCGGAUGUCACACCAGCCCUACGGAAGAAGCUGUGGCUCGCAGUCGCUAGAAAAGUCAUCAGCCAGACGCAGGGCAUCAAAGCAGCCAUUGAACUGCUGCAAAAGUGCGACCUACUCAAGAUAGAAGACCUCAUUCCCUUCUUUCCCGAUUUUGUCGUCAUUGACGACUUUAAAGAAGAGAUUUGCAAGGCACUCGAGCAGUAUUCACAGAACAUGGAUAGAUUGCGUGAAGAGAUGGAUGCGAGUGAGGAAACGGCGAGGCAUAUCAAAUCGGACAUUAAAGCCCUCGAUCAGCGAUACGCAAUCGUCGAGCCUGGUGAGAGAUGUUACGUAUGUCGUCUGCCAUUGUUGGCAAGGCAAUUCUUCGUCUUCCCUUGCCAACAUGCGUUCCACAGUGACUGCUUGGGCAAGAAGGUUGUGGAGCUUGUGGGUACUGCGAGAGGGAGAAAGAUCAGAGACGUAGAGAUGGAAGUGAGCAAGGGCACCAGUGUGGGUGCGAAGAGGGAGAAACUAGUCAAAGAGCUGGAUGCUCUGGUGGCAGGGUCAUGCGAGCUCGCCGUGCGGCUCAUUGAUGAGCCUUUUACGACGUCUGCAGACAACAAGGAUGAAUGGGCUUUGUGA